AUGUCAAUAAAAGCUAAACCAAAUCUUAUGCCACAAGACUUAGCAACUUUAAAAGUUGAAGAACUUAACCCAUUAACCCCAUACGUUAUUAGCAGACAAGCUACUAUUAACAUUGGUACUAUUGGUCAUGUAGCUCACGGUAAAUCAACUGUUGUCAAAGCCAUUUCAGGUGUUCUUACUGUUAGAUUCACUUCAGAAUUCAAACGUAAUAUUACUAUUAAAUUAGGUUAUGCAAAUGCUAAAAUUUUCAAAUGUGAAAACCCAGAAUGUCACAGACCAGGUUGUUAUAAAUCAUAUCGUAGUAAUACUGAUGAUAAUCCAAUUUGUGAAAGACCAGGUUGUGGUGGUAAAAUGGUUCUCUUACGUCAUGUCUCAUUCGUUGAUUGUCCAGGUCACGAUGUUUUAAUGGCUACUAUGCUUAAUGGUGCAGCUGUUAUGGAUGCUGCUUUAUUAUUAAUUGCAGGUAAUGAAUCAUGUCCACAACCACAAACUAGUGAACAUAUUGCUGCUAUUGAAAUUAUGAAUCUUAAAAACAUUAUCAUUCUUCAAAAUAAAAUCGAUUUAGUUAAAGAAGCCGCCGCUCAAGAACAAUAUGGCCAAAUCUUAAAAUUCGUUCAAGGUACCAUUGCUGAAAAUGCCCCAAUUAUCCCAAUUUCCGCCCAAAUGAAAUAUAACAUUGAUGUUAUUUGUGAAUAUAUUGUCAAAAAGAUCCCAAUUCCAUUAAGAGACUUUACCUCAGAUCCACAUAUGAUCGUUAUUCGUUCAUUCGAUGUUAACAAACCAGGUUCACGUGUUGAUGAAAUUAAAGGUGGUGUUGCUGGUGGUUCAAUCUUAAAAGGUGUCCUCAGAUUAGGUGAUGAAAUCGAAGUUCGUCCAGGUGUUAUUUCAAAAGAACUCGAUGGUAAAAUCAAAUGUACCCCAAUUUUAUCUAAAAUUGUUUCCCUCUUUGCUGAAGAAAAUGAACUCCAAUAUGCCGUACCAGGUGGUCUUAUUGGUGUUGGUACUAAAAUCGAUCCAACUCUUUGCAGAGCUGAUCGUUUAGUUGGUCAAGUUUUAGGUAGUGUUGGUAAACUCCCACAAAUUUAUGUAUCUUUAGAAGUAAACUUUUUCUUAUUAAGAAGACUUUUAGGUGUUAGAUCAGAAGGUGAAAAACAAAGCAAAGUUAAGAAAUUAUCAAAAGAAGAUACUCUUAUGGUUAACAUUGGUUCAACCUCAACUGGUUGUCGUGUAUUUGCCGUCAAAGGUGAUUUAGCUAAACUUGACCUUUUAACUCCAGUUUGUACCCAAGUUGGUGAAAAGAUUGCCCUUUCAAGAAGAGUCGAUAAGACAUGGCGUUUAAUUGGUUGGGGUAAAAUCGAAGCAGGUACCCUUCUCCAAAAUUAAUUUCUUUAAAAAUAAUAUAAAAAAGAAACAAAACUAUAAUUAAAACUUGCAAAAUUUUGUAUAGUUUUGCAUGCAAAAAAAAAAAUAAAAAAAAAAAAUAAAUAUAAUUUUUUUAUUUAAAAAGUACAGAUCAAUUAUUCCUUUGGAUAAAAAAGCUGAUAUUUAAAUAAAAGAAAUAAAUAUAGGUUUUUUUUAUAAAUAAU